UUUUUUCGAACUGUGCACGGCUGGCUACCGAUUGUAUCAAAAAGAUACUUCCACGAAUACCUUAUUUCCUUCCCGGCCGCCUGUCAACCUGAGAUAGUCCUACUUCUAUGCUGCAUGAAGUUGCUGACGACUUCGGCCGAUGGUGAAAGCUUUGAGCCGAGAAGUUCACUUUACUUGGCCACCAGGAGACUGAGCAAUGAACUCGAAGACAUGGGUAACUUCUCUCUGCAAGCAUUGCAAGCCAGAGUAUUAUUGGCCUACUACGAACUAGGCUAUGCGAUUUAUCCUGCAGCAUAUCUUGCGACAGGAUAUUGUGCAAAGUACGGUAUCGCGCUUGGUCUACACAGUACUUCUUUUCAAGCUGAACCAACGUUCUCGCUUGAUGAGAUUGAGCAGAGACGCCGUACCUGGUGGGCUAUUUUGGUCCUUGAACGUUUUAUCCGUCUGGGAUACCCCGAUCAUGUUCUAUUAACGCCAGAACCAAGUAUUUGGGACAAUCUUCCUACCGACGAUGACGUAUGGGAUAAUCAGGUGAUUAUUACAAGUACCGUGAGACUGACCGCAACUGAUGUUUUCAAAAAACCUGGGCGAUUUGCUAUUUUGGCUCAAGGGGCUUAUCUUUUAGGCUGCGUCAUUCGAAACGUGUCGCGAUCUGAGGUAGUUGCGCCGGGGUCUCUCCAAGACGAUGAAGCGCAGCAACUUCGGCGCACUCUUAGCGCAUUGCUUCGACUUUCAGACGUUGCAACAGGUGCUCAGAAUUAUGAUUUUUGUGCUCAGAAAUCGUUAUGUUACAGGUAUUCUCCAGCGUUCAUUUCACCAUGA